UUUACCGCGUAAGGAAUGGAAUAUCUCCGUAAAGGAUCUUUUAAUGUGAUCCAAGUGAUGAAAAAUCCGAUGGUGAACGAAAGUCUCUUCGAAGGUGAUAUAAUGGGCAUAGAUCCUAAUACGGACAGAAAUGCCAUUCCAAGAGACUCCCAACGAUGGCCCAACGGAGUAGUGCCUUAUGAGGUGGAUGAAGCCCUAUAUCCUAUCUGGACUCUUUUGAUGAGAGCAAUACGUCACAUCGAAGAGAGGACUUGCAUAAGAUUCAAGCACAAAACAGAUGAAAAGGAUUAUAUCCGAAUGGUGCAAUCUAAUGGAUGCUGGUCUUUCGUGGGCAGGUUAGGCAAUGGUGAACAGAAACUCUCAUUAGGUCAUGGAUGCGAGAAUUUUGGAGCUGUGGUUCACGAGAUUAUGCACGCCCUUGGUUUUUGGCAUGAACAAAAUAGGUCUGACAGAGAUGAUUAUCUAACCAUUAAUUGGCAUAAUAUCGACCCAAAGUGGCAUUAUGCCUUCAGAUUGUUGCAACCCCACCAAAAUCGCCUCUUAACUCCUUUCGACUACAACUCCAUCAUGCUGUAUGGUGAGACGAUUUUUAGCUUCGGCGAGGUAAGGAAAAGUAUGGAAGCCAAGGAUGGAAGGCAUUUACAAGACCCUUUUUCGAAACCCGGAAUGUCCGCCUCUGAUGAAAAAAGACUUAAAAUGCUAUACAACUGUGAAUAAAGCAAAAAUUAUUUGAUUAGUGCA